AUGCCGGAAGAAAAAAAAUCUGAAGAGUCUAAUGUCACCAAAAGAAAGAAAAACGAAGAAAUAAACCCUGUAGAUAAGAAAAUGAUUAAGUUUAUGGAAUCGUUAGAAAAAGAUGACGAUAGUAGAAUGAUGUCUUUUUUUAAAGGAGAAUCGGUGUUAGCUGCCGGAUAUCCGUACUUCAAUGAGAAUAAUCUAGAAGAUUUAAAACCGACGGUGACAUCCGGACACGUGAACAACGUGUCGCCUUCCUUGAUACAGACAUCUUGCUGCGUGCAAUCUGGGUUUAGUGGUGGACCGAUAUUCCGUAUAUCAAAUAGUAAUAAAGUUGAAGUUUUGGGAAUAAUAGCCAGCAACGCUAAAACGGAGACGGGAGCCUGCUAUCCCUACAUCAAUAUGGCUGUACCAACAAGAGCAUUUCUCAAAAUUAUACAGCACUUUAUAUUGGAUAGAGACGAAACAAGACUAUCAACCAUCGAGAACAACCGUGAAAUGAUACAAUCACAAUGGCGGCUACUGCCGUAUAGAUCUAAAAUUUGA